AGAUUCAGCAGCUCCAGUCCUGCCAUCAGACAGACCCACCACCCUGCCCGUCAUGAGCCGCGGCCUCGACCUCCACUGCUCCCCUUUCUCCUCCUCCUCCUCCCCGGGGCUCCCCCAAAAACUGCUGCUCCUGCUGCUCCUGCUGCUGCUGCACGUGUCCACCCAGCGCACCCAAGCUGCCCCCCGACAGCUCCUCUCACUCUCGGAGCUGCGCUGCAGAUGUAUUCAAGUUACGCAAGGGAUCCACCACUCCAAAAUUCAAUCUGUGGAGGUCAUCCCCGCCGGACCCCACUGCCCGGACAUCGAAGUCGUAGCCACGCUGAAGAAUUCACAAAUUGUCUGCUUGAACCCCCAAGCCCCCCUGGUCAAGAAACUCAUCAAUAGACUCCUAAACAAAAACUGAACAAUGGCCUGCUGAGGGAGAAGAGGGAGAACAAGAAUCCAUCAUUCAGAAGGUGCCAGACAGAAAGAGAAAAGGGAACCGGAGGGAAAGUGUGAAAACUGAACUUCGGCAAUGCUUUUAUUUAUGUUAUUUAUCCUUUACAAGGGGUGUGUUCUAUUGCUUUCAAGAUAAAGUAUGAAAUGUUUUUUAAAGAAAUAUAUGUAUGAGAAUCACGGGGUUUAAAUAUUUAUUGAAGGGAUAACUUAUUUCUAUUUUCUAAAUCAUUGCUAUUUAUUAUGAAAUCUUAAGAACUGUAUUGUUCUAAUAACAUAUGGACAUUUUAUGUCUA